AUGGCAAAUAGGUCCUCAUCAACAGAUUUAAAACAAAGGUUGGAGGGGAAGUUCAAAAGAGUAUUCAGGAGCAAGAAAAAGAAAAAUAAUGAUGAAAAUGGAGAGGCCAGUCGAGAUGGUGCUGAAGCAAUGCCCAUGAUAGCGCUCAUCAAUAGCAGCAGUUCCCAUGCGAUCCCGUCGCCCAUAUUGUCAAAUGUCACAUCCCUCGAACCAGCUCAAAGCUCGUCAAGCCUACCAAGAUCCUCAGUAUCAAGAUCUGAGGGUAAUCUCAUACAUGUUCCUAUCAAAGAACUGUGGAGCUUAGCAUAUGAGAGGCUUAAAAUAGAGGAUUCCACGCUUGUUGAAGACUAUGAGAGGAAACUUCAAGGCAAUGCAUCUACCGCCUUAAUACUGCCAUUGGGCGUUAAGGAAAAUGUGCGAGAGAAGAAGAUGGAUGAAGUUACUCAAGACGCUUGGAAACUCAAGUUUGGCGGCGCAGAGAUCCACAUGAGGGAUCUCUUGCCACCUAUCCUAGCCAUCAUCAGUCACGCAAACGACUACAUUACCACAUCUCUAAAUACUAAUAUGUAUGCAUCAAUUGCGUGGGCUGGUCUUUUCCUUCGCCCAAGCACUCAAGCAGCAUCUCUUUCAAAAGGCUUGGAGAGCAUUUCUUCGCUCAUCGUGCAGAGCCGUAUGCGGGAAGAACUGUAUCAUCGCCGUUAUGAGUCUCGUGGCUCAAUCGGCGAUUUUGAACUACUUCACGAUGAUUACAAGAAAGUUUUGGAAGCGCUGUACAGGGAAAUUUUACGCUUUCAGAUAACAAGUUAUUGUUAUUAUGCUAAUAACGGAGCUUUUCGUCUUGGACUUGAUAUCGUUAAGUGGAAUGAUUGGGAUGCUCUCAUGGACAAGGUGCGUGAGGAAAACCAAGUAUUCAUUCAAGUCAGUGAGAUUUGGCGCGAUAUGCAAUAUGACGAGGAAUGUGUUACUGCCAAAGGCCGACACGAGGAAAUAAUGCAGAACUGGGGAACAACCAAUAUCUCCAUUUCUAGCCUCCAGAAAGUCAUACAAGAUGCCAAUGAACAAAAAGGUCGCCAAGACCUACUCAGCUGGCUAUCCAAUGCGGAUCCAACAUUAUUUUACAAUACUAACCGCGACAUGCACGAGAAUGGUACAGGUGAAUGGUUACUGCAGGAGAGCCCAGAGUUCAGAGCGUGGAAAGAUAACUCUGGUUCUUUUCUAUGGAUUCAUGGCAAAGGUAUGUCUAAAAUUUCACUCUUCUAA